AUGACGGUAUAUUCUAAGAGGAAGGAAAAUGUACCUCUGGCGAACGUUGAUCAGGUUGGAGCAAUCACCAACGAAGGACGCCUCUCAAUCACCGAAUCCGAUCUUGGCAUUCCACAAUACCCCACCGAGGAAAGACCUACUAUCUACACCUCUGACAUGAUCUCCCACAUGCCGCGAGCUCCACCACGCGCCCUCCUUGCCAGAAGAACCGUCGAAGACAGCCCAAACACCCUUGAUAUGAGGCAGGCACUUCAAGAAACCGAGCUCCCCCUCCCAAAGGCCGUCCGUACCGUCUCCCCAGUACAAGAUGAUCGAAUCUGGUUCAACAGAUGGUUCGACAUUCCGGAGCGUGAACGAAAGGAGCCCUCUUUCAUCAACCGUCCCGCCAGAGUCCUAGACACACGUGGAAGAGCCGCUAGAACCUUCGACAUUCCCACCGACAUUCAGCAAGACCCAUUCUUCCCGCCCGUAUUCACAGAGUGGGUUGGAAGAAAGGUCGCUUAUGUUGUUGGUAUCUUUCGCGGUCUCAUCAGAGGCAACAGAGUGGUUGAAGCUGAUGUCGAGGCAGGAGAGGGAACAUAUCGUGCUGAGAUUGUUGCACCUGAAGAAGCCGAGAAUACCAGCGAACAAGACAAUGUUGCCGUUGCGGACAUUGAGGAUGCGGUCAAUGAUGUUGCUACGGACGCAGACUCUUGA